AUGCCUGCUGCCGGCAGUACAACUUCCAAGAAGCCACCGUCGAUGAGGGCAUUGACGGCCCGGAUGAAGGAGAUCCAAUUGUCCUUCAAUGACAUCUGGCGGUUUGUGCAGGUGUUUAAGGAAUCCCAUACCGCUACUGAUGUCGAUGUACGCCUGUGUAAGUUAGACGAGCUUUGGGAAGGUUUCAGUGAAACUUUGGUUGAAAUCUUUUCCCAUGACGACUACAAUGCUGAAGGGAACUCUUGGGAAAAGGAGCGUAUGGAGUUCAGUGACCGGUACUACGAGGUCAAGUCCUUCCUUAUGGACAAGGCCAAGGAGCUGCAGGAGCCGAAUCUGCUGGAGCAGUCCCUUCGAGCUGGCGAUUCGUCAAUGCGGGGCGGUAUCGAUCAUGUUCGUCUACCACAGAUUAAGCUGCAGACAUUUAAUGACGAUAUAGACGAAUGGCUGAGUUUUCGGGACCUGUUUACCUCGCUCAUCCACUGGAAACCGGAUCUUCCUGAAGUGGAGAAGUUCCACUACCUGAAGGGAUGCUUACAAGGAGAACCCAAGAGUCUAAUCGAUCCGCUUCAGAUUACUAAGGCCAACUAUCAGGUGGCAUGGGACUUGCUGUUGAAGCGGUACAACAACAGUAAGCAGCUGAAGAAACGGCAGGUGCAAGCCCUCUUCAACCUUCCCACCCUUCCUAAGGAAUCCGUUACCGAUCUGCACGUUCUCAUUGAAGGUUUUGAGAGAAUUGUGCAGACUCUUGACCAGAUCAUUCAGUCAGCCGACUACAAGGAUCUUCUGCUGGUCAACAUCCUCACUACACGAUUGGAUCCGGUUACUCGGAGGGGUUGGGAAGAGUUCUCAGCUAUGAAGGAGACAGAUACACUUGCAGAUCUGUUUGACUUCUUGCGGCGUAGACUCCAGGUUUUGGAUUGCUUGCCAACCAAGUCUGCUGACACUAGGGGUGCUCAGCAGCAGCAGCAAAUUCAAUCGAAACAAAGGCUUCCACCAGUGAAGACAAGUUACAGUUCAACCCAUAUGUCUGGAGGACGCUGUGUAGCUUGCUCAUCAAAUCAUCCGCUUUACCAGUGCAGUGCAUUCCAGCGCAUGGAAGUUACGGAGAGGGACGGCCUUUUGAAAACUCAUUCCCUCUGCCGGAAUUGCUUCAGAACGGGACACCAAGCAAAAGAGUGCCAAUCCAAAUACUCUUGCCGGAGCUGCAAGGGUCGGCAUCAUACUCUUGUGUGCUUCAAGUCAGAAAGGGAUACGAAUAAGGACACGAAGGUUGCGGCAGUUGCUAGGGGCAACAAGCCUUCAGUUCCCACUGAAUCAUCAAAUACUUCAUCCCAAGUGGCUAACGUGGCAGCCACAGAAGUUUUGGUUGCUGGUGCGGCUCACCAGUAUUCAUCCCAGGUUCUUCUGGCUACAGCAAUCGUCGUGAUCGAGGACGACGAUGGCAAUCGGUUUCCGGCGCGUGCGCUGUUAGAUUCGGGAUCGGAAAGCAACUUCGUGACUGAGCGAUUAAGUCAGCGCAUGCAGGUUACUCGAAAUCGAGUGGAUAUUUCUGUCGUCGGAAUUGGACAAGCAGCUACCAAGGUCAAACACAGGAUACAAGUGGUUUUACGGUCCCGGGUGUCUCAAUACUCAAGAGAGUUGAGCUUCCUAAUCCUUCCAACGGUAACGGUCAACCUUCUGGCCACCACUAUUAACACCGAUAAGUGGGCAAUUCCGAACAAUAUCCAGUUGGCAGAUCCUGCAUUUUUCGAAUCUAAGGUGGUGGAUCUUGUACUCGGAAUCGAAGCGUUUUUCGAUUUCUUCGAAACCGGAAGGAGAAUUUCCCUGGGGGAACAAUUACCGACUCUUAAUGAUUCCGUAUUCGGCUGGGUCGUAUGCGGAGGAUUUUCGGUUCCUAGUCGAUCACUGCACAUCAACUGCAAUAUGUCGACAACGGAGGAUUUGGACGCAUUGAUGUCUCGAUUUUGGUCUUGUGAGGAAGUCGAGUCUGGCAACACAUUUUCGCCGGAAGAGAAACGCUGCGAAGAGUUGUUUCUGAACACGGUUAAAAGGGAUGAAACCGGUCGGUACACAGUCUCCCUACCCAAGGAUAAAGACGUUAUCUCAAGGUUGGGCGAGUCAAGGGACAUCGCACUCCGACGCCUUCAAGGAACCGAGCGUAGGUUGGCUAGGGACGGAAAUCUACGGAAGCAGUAUACUGAAUUCAUGGAGGAGUAUCUGCAUCUGGGUCAUAUGCGGAAGGUCGAAGAAGUUGCUACUGAUUCAGUUAAACGGUGCUAUUUGCCACACCAUCCAGUGGUAAAGGAUUCCAGUACCACUACCAAGGUACGGGUGGUAUUCGACGCUUCCUGCAAGACUUCUUCCGGACUAUCACUAAACGACGUGUUACUGGUGGGGCCGGUAAUACAGGAGGACCUCCGUUCCAUUAUCCUACGCAGUCGGACAAAACAAAUCAUGCUCGUGUCCGACGUGGAAAAGAUGUUCCGACAAAUCAACGUUUGCCCAGAAGAUCGACCGUUGCAGUGUAUUCUCUGGCGCAACUCGCCUGCCGAGGAGAUAUCCACCUACGAGCUCAACACGGUAACAUACGGUACUAAGCCAGCUCCAUUUUUGGCCACCAGAACGCUAAAACAAUUAGCGCUAGAUGAGGAGGAGCAGUAUCCACUAGCGGCCAAGGCAGCCAUCGAGGAUACCUAUAUGGAUGACGUCAUCACAGGAGCAGACGAGGUAAAAACUGCAAUUGAUCUGCGAGUGCAGCUAGAAGCAAUGACGUCAAAUGGAGGAUUUCGUCUACGGAAGUGGGCGUCGAACUGUCCCGACGUACUGAACGGAAUCAAGGAGGAAGAGCUUGCCAUCCGAUCACCUAAAGGCAUUGUUUUGGAUCCAGAUCCUUCGAUAAAAACCUUGGGACUGACCUGGAUGCCAGUAACCGACACACUUAGGUUUCAGUUCACCAUCCCCAAUUUGAACACAGAAGUUCCUCUUACCAAACGGUGCGUGCUUUCGGUGAUUGCUACACUGUUCGACCCAUUAGGCCUGUUGGGCGCUGCUAUCACUACAGCGAAGAUCUUCAUGCAGCUGCUGUGGACGUUGCGAGACGAAAAUGACCAACGACUAGAUUGGGACCAGCUGUUACCUCCAACGGUGGGUGAGGCCUGGAGAAAGUAUCACGAGCAACUUCCACUGUUCAAUGAAAUCCGUAUCGACCGCUGUGUUAUCAUCACAGACGCGGUAUCUGUGGAGAUCCAUUGUUUUUCGGAUGCCUCGGAGAAGGCAUACGGAGCAUGUCUGUAUCUCAGGAGUGAGAAUGCAGUCGGGGAGGUAAAGGUUAGGCUUUUGACCUCAAAAUCAAAGGUUGCCCCCUUAAAAUGUCAGACGAUUCCUCGGCUGGAGUUGUGUGGUGCACUUUUAGCAGCACAACUCUACGAAAAGGUGGACAAGUCAAUAAAAAUCACGGUAAAAUCCUAUUUCUGGACGGAUUCAACCUGUGUCCUGCGUUGGCUUGCGGCUAAUCCAACGACCUGGACCACCUUCGUCGCCAACCGAGUGGCAAAAAUACAGUCCAUUACACAAGGAUCAAGAUGGAGUCACGUACCUGGUAUACAGAAUCCGGCAGAUCUUAUUUCGAGAGGGAUUUCGCCAAACGACAUCGUUCUGAAUACGUUUUGGUGGCAAGGACCGAGCUGGUUAGAGAAGACGGAAGAGCAUAGGCCUCUCUUACCAAACAAUCUACCGAUAGACGAGGGAGACGAGGAGAAACGACACACGGUGCUAGCUGGAACGGUUUCAACAAUCGCUGAAUUCAACCAAUUAUACAUUGGCAAAUUUUCGUCGUACAGUGACCUUCUUCGUCGAACUGCCUACUGGCUGCGUCUGAUUAAACUUCUACAAACCCCGCGGAAGGAUAGAAAAGCCCCUACGUUCCUGUCUACUGAUGAGUUAAAGAAGGCGGAAAACACUCUGGUUCGAUUGGUUCAGAGGGAGGUGUUCGUUGAGGAAUGGAAGGCGCUCUCCAAGGGAAAUGCGGUUUCCAAGAGCUCACCGCUUCGAUGGUUUAAUCCGUUUGUCUCCCAAGACCAGUUGAUCAGACUUGGCGGUCGUUUAAAGCAUUCGAUGGAGUCUGAAAACACCAAACAUCCGGCCGUUUUACCCACUCGGCACAUAUUUACACGCUUGUUGUUACGGUAUUACCAUGAACGACUUCUGCACGCUGGACCACAGUUGCUGUUGGGAGUUGUUAGGCUUCGAUUUUGGCCGCUGGGAGGCAGGAGUGUAGUUCGACACAUUAUCCAUCAGUGUCAGAUAUGCUUCCGAUCGAAACCAUCGACCGUAGAGCAGUUUAUGGGGGAUCUACCAGCUUCACGGGUCACCGUAUCCCGUCCAUUUUCUCGCACAGGUGUCGACUACUUUGGACCCCUCUAUGUGCGACCAGUUCCAAGGCGCACGUCAGUUAAGGCUUACAUUGCUAUAUUCGUGUGUCUGUGUACCAAAGCAGUGCAUCUCGAAUUGGUCACAGAUUUAUCCACAGAUCGAUUUCUACAGGCUCUACGACGUUUUGUUGCCAGAAGAGGACGGUGUACAGAUAUAUACUCCGACAAUGGCACUAACUUUGUCAGUGCUCGUAAUAAACUACAAGAUUUCCUACGAUUGCUUAAAGACAGCCAUCAUAAUGACGUUGUGUCCAAGCAAUUAGCCAAGGAAGGGAUUCAAUGGCACUUUAACCCACCGAGUGCCCCACAUUUUGGCGGUAUUUGGGAGGCCGCAGUCCGAUCUGCAAAAAAUCAUCUACUAAAGGUGGUAGGCGAAACUCCAGUAUCCCCAGAGGACAUGAACACGCUACUAGUCCAAGUUGAAGGAUGCCUGAAUUCUCGCCCACUUACACCCAUGUCUGAUGACCCGAACGAUCUGCAGCCGUUAACCCCUGCACAUUUCCUGGUUGGAGAAUCUCUUCAGGCUGUCCCCGAUCCAGAUUUAACAGUAGUUCCCAUGAAUCGUCUCACCCAAUGGCAAUUAACCCAGCAGAGACUGCAGAAUUUCUGGAAAAGGUGGCGCAGAGAAUAUCUGUGUCAACUUCAAGGCAGAACCAAACGAUGGAAACCGGCUGUUCGUAUCGACAUUGGAAAACUAGUUGUCAUACAAGAUGAUAAUCAACCUCCAAUGCGAUGGAAAAUGGGUAGAAUCGUGCAAACUCACCCUGGUGACGAUGGAACCGUGCGAGUAGUCACACUGAAAACCGCUACUGGUAUGCUAACUCGUCCGGUCGAAAAGCUUUGCCUGCUACCCACUUCGGAUGACAACGAUGACAUACAGCCAACAGAAGUCCACAAUCAGCAAUCCUAG